AGCAGUGAAACAGAUAUAGAACUUGAUUACUAACUAAGCAUGUCAAGUCCUCAAAAACUUUCCAUUUUUAGUUUCCAUCUUCUCUUCCUUUCCUUACUUCCAUUGAAGAUUACCUCUUCACCAAGAACACAAGCCGAAGCCCUCAUCCAAUGGAAGAACACCUUGCUUUUCUCUCCAGUUUCUCUCAACUCUUGGUCAACAGCAAACAUCAACAAUCUCUGCAACUGGACUUCCAUUGCUUGUGACAGCACUGGCAUGGUCUCUGAAGUAAACCUCUUCAGUGCUAACAUCACUGGAACACUCAGCCAAUUCGAUUUCACACAAUUUUUAAAUCUCACACGCUUCGAUGUCAAGAAUAACAGUCUCAGUGGACCAAUACCUUCUGCCAUUAGUAACCUGUCGAAGCUCAUUCUCCUGGAUUUGAGCAACAAUUCUUUUGGAGGCAACAUACCGCCGGUGCUAGGGCGAUUGACGGAGCUUCAAUAUCUCAGUUUGUUCAACAACAAUCUCAAUGGUACCAUCUCUACCCAAAUUAGCAAUCUUAAAAAAUUGUGGUACUUAGACCUUGGCUGGAACAAAUUGAACUCUCCUGAUUGGUCCCAAUUUUCAGCCAUGCCAUUUUUAAGACACCUCAAUCUAGGGAACAAUUCACUUAGUUUGGAUUUUCCUAGUUUCGUAGCUGAUUGCGGGAAUUUGACUUUUCUAGACUUGUCAGUGAAUCAUUUGACUGGGUCAAUACCGGAAUCAGUUUUUGCCAAUCUGGGCCAGCUUCAGUAUCUCAAUCUCACAAACAAUUCAUUCCAAGGACCAUUGUCAUCAAACAUAUCCAAGCUUUCCAAGCUCAUAAAGCUCCAUCUAGGAACCAAUAAGUUAAAGGGCCCGAUUCCUGAGAGCAUAGGAUUCAUGUCUGAUCUUCAAACUUUGGAAUUGUUUGAAAAUUCAUUUGAAGGGAAGGUUCCAUCUUCUUUAGGACAACUAUCAAAGCUCCAGAUACUUGAUUUUCACUCGAAUGGCUUGAACUCUACAAUUCCGUCUGAGCUUGGUUCUUGUGCUAACCUCUCCUUUCUGGCCUUAGCCGAUAAUCAACUUACUGGGGAAUUACCUAUGUCGUUGUCCAAACUCACCAAAAUAUCCGAGCUGGGUUUGUCAAAUAAUUCUCUUUCCGGUCAGAUCCUGCCAUCUCUCAUCACUAAUUGGACUAACUUGAUCUCACUGCAACUCCAAUACAACUCUUUCACAGGAAAGAUUCCACCAGAAAUUGGCUUAUUGACAAAGCUCAACUAUCUCUUCUUGUUUAACAACAAGCUAUCGGGGUUGAUUCCCACCGAGAUAGGGAACUUGGAAAAUCUAAUAAUGUUAAGCCUUUCAGCAAACCAGCUUUCAGGUUCAAUUCCGUCGACAAUAUGGGGUCUUAAGAACCUAGAACUCUUGCAACUUUUUGAAAAUAAUCUCAACGGUACUAUUCCACCAGAGAUCGGUAAUAUGACGUCGCUGUCCUCUUUUAACCUUGACUCAAACCAACUAUAUGGGGAGUUGCCAGAGACCAUUUCUCGCCUCACUAAUUUACAGGGCUUCUCAUUGCAUACCAACAAUUUCUCAGGAAGAAUUCCUCGGGAUUUUGGGAGAUAUAUUCCGCAGUUGGCUUAUGUUAGCUUUUCCAACAACAGCUUCUCUGGGGAAUUGCCUCCUGAAUUAUGUAGUGGCUUUGCUCUUGAAUACUUUAGCGUUAAUGGCAACAACUUCUCAGGGCCGUUGCCAGCUUGCUUGAGAUCUUGUAGUGGACUAAAUAGAGUUCGUCUUGAUGGGAACCGAUUUUCCGGUGACAUUACAAAUGCAUUUGGAGUUCAUCCAAAUCUUGAAUAUAUUACUCUUAGUGACAACCAAUUCAUCGGUGAAAUCUCUCCAGAAUGGGGAGAAUGUAAAAGCCUUACCAAUCUACAGAUGGAUAGGAAUCGAAUUUCGGGUGAAAUACCAGCUGAGCUUGGGAAUUUGACACGGUUGCAGGUGCUAACUCUAAGCUCAAACGAGUUGGUUGGGAAUAUUCCUACUGAGCUAGGAAAUUUAAAAAUGUUGUUUAACAUCAAUCUGAGUCAAAAUCAUCUGUCAGGACAAAUCCCUCGGAGUAUAGGUAAUUUAGUAGAUCUUCAAUAUUUAGAUUUGUCAAAGAACAGCUUGACAGGGAUAACACCAGAAGAGCUCGAGUACUGUGACAAGUUAUUGAGCCUGAGCAUGAGCCACAACAAUUUAUCUGGUGCCAUUCCACGUGGGCUAGGGAGCUUGAUUUUCCUGCAGUAUUCAUUGGACCUUAGCAGCAAUUCAUUGUCAGGGAAAAUCCCUCCAGAGUUGGGAAAACUUGUUUCACUGGAGAAUCUUAAUGUUUCACAUAACGAUCUCUCUGGUGAAAUCCCAACAACAUUACCCGGCAUGGUAAGUCUUCAUUCAUUUGAUUUCUCCUACAAUGAGUUGACAGGUCCAAUUCCAACUGGUGGUCCAUUCCAAAAUGCCUCCAGUGAAGCCUUUGCUGGAAACUCAGGUUUGUGUGGGAAUGUCGAAGGAUUGCCUCCUUGUAAUUCAAUUUCAACCAGCAAAAAGUCCAGAAUGCGUACUGUGAAGGUGGUUGUUGGUGUAGUGCUUUCGGCCUUUGGCGUAUUAGCAUUAAUUGCUGCUGCAGUUUUUGCACGUCAUCGCCUAAGAAAUCAACCGGAUGGGGAAGCUGAAGGUAGUGAGUUUGAAGGUUCUGAGUCGACAUGGUUUAAAGGAAAAAAUUUUAAAUUUAGCGACAUUGUAAAAUCGACCGAGGAUUUCAAUGAAAAGUAUUGCAUUGGGAAAGGAGGAUUUGGAAGUGUUUACAGAGCAUGGUUGCCCACAGGUCAAAUAGUUGCGGUUAAAAAACUCAAUAUAUCAGACUCCAGUGGUGUUCUAGUUACCAAUCGCCAGAGUUUUGAGAAUGAAAUUCGUCUACUGACAGAAGUUAGGCACAGAAAUAUCAUCAAGUUAUACGGGUUCUGUUCUCAUAGGGAGCUUAUAUACUUAGUUUAUGAGUAUAUGGAGAGAGGAAGUUUGAAAAGUGUACUGUAUGGAAAAGAAGGGGAAGUGGAGCUAGGCUGGGCUACAAGGGUGAAACUUGUAAAAGGACUGGCUCAUGCAAUUGCUUACUUGCACCAUGACUGCUCUCCACCAAUUAUUCACCGAGACAUAUCUUCGAGUAACGUUUUGCUGGAAACGGGACUUGAACCAAAACUCUCAGAUUUUGGCAUUGCAAGAUCGUUGGAUCCAAAUUCAUCUAAUUGGACAUCAGUUGCAGGUUACUUUGGCUACAUGGCUCCAGAGCUUGCACUCACAGUGCGGCUCACAGAUAAAUGUGAUGUCUACAGCUUUGGUGUAGUGACAUUGGAGGUUAUGAUGGGAAGGCAUCCAGGGGAACUCUUGAAUCCCCAAUCAUCAUCAACUCUGUCAGCAGAAAAUACAGAAGUGUUGUUGAAGGAUUUGCUAGACCAACGACUCCCUCCUCCCACAGGCCAAAUAGCAGAGGAAGUCGUGUUUGUAGUGACCAUGGGCUUAGCGUGCACAAAUACCAGGGCAGAGUCAAGACCCACCAUGCGUUUUGUGGCAGAGGAACUAUCAGCAAGAACACAGGCUUCCGUGAGUGAGCCACUUGAAAAGAUUACCGUUAGCAAGCUAACUGGAUAUCAGAAGUAA